AUGGGUCUUUCUCAAAAGCUGGUUCUCGCUCUUACCGGUUGUGUAUCCAAUUCUCCUGGCAUUCCAAACAUCUUUCUUCUAAAGUUACAACCUACGAAUAAGGAUUCAGCAGUCACGGAAACACUCCAAGUUCGGAUUGGCUAUUUCGGGAUGUGCCUUGGAGAAUCCCAAAAUCUGACGUGCUUUCCCGGAUCGAGCGAAAUCGACCAAUUCUUCCAGUCCCAUGUCAACGGAAGUGCCACGGAUAAUUCUUCGUCUAAGCGUAUGGUCUCCAUCGCUGGGGUUCUUCAAUCGAAAAUCUUCGUCUGCCUUUUCGCAGCUGCUGGCGUUUCGUUUUUCGUCGGUCUAAUAUUCCUGGUGUUACUGAAACACAAUCUGAAAGAUCGAAAGAACCCCUUCUUGUCUCUUCGCCGCUUCUACAAACAAGCAACGGUUGCUGCUAUAUGGUUCUCUGCUGCACUAGCUCUAGCAGGAAACAGCGCAGUAUUACAGACCUCAGGAGCAUUGCAGUACUUCACCACCUCCGUGGAAACUUAG